AUGACAGACUAUUCAACAACUACAGAGUUUAUAACAACUACAGAGUCUCCAACAACUACAAUAUCUCCAACAAGUACAGAGUCUUCAACAACAACAGAGUCUCCAACAACUACAAUAUCUCCAACAAGUACAGAGUCUCCAACAACUUUAGAGUCUCCAACAACUUUAGAGUCUCCAACAACCAUAGAAUCUUCAACAACCAUAGAAUCUCCAACAACUACGGUGUUUCCAACAACCACAGAGUCUACCACAACUAGAGAGUCUACAACAACUACAGAGUUUCAAAUAACUGCAACCUCAGAGUCUCCAACAAUGUCAAAUUCUCUAACAACCAUAGAAUCUCCAACAACUACAGAAUCUCCAACAACUACGGUGUUUCCAACAACCACAGAGUCUCCAACAACUACAGAGUUUAUAACAACCACAGAGUCUACCACAAAUAGAGAGUCUACAACAACUCCGGAGUUUCCAAUAACUACAGAUUCUCCAACAACUACAGAAUCUCCAACAACUACAGAAAUUACAACAAUUACAGAGUCACUAACAACUACAGAGUCUCCAACAACGUCAAAUUCUCUAACAACCAUAGAAUCUCCAACAACUACAGAAUCUCAAACAACUAUGGUGUUUCCAACAACUACAGAGUUUAUAACAACCACAGAGUCUACCACAAAUACAGAGUCUCCAACAACUACGGAGUUUCCAAUAACUACAGAUUCUCCAAAAACGUCAGAGUCUCCAACAACUACAGAAUCUCCAACAACUACAGAAAUUACAACAAUUACAGAGUCACUAACAACUACAGAGUCUCCAACAACGUCAAAUUCUCUAACAACCAUAGAAUCUCCAACAACUACAGAAUCUCCAACAACUAUGGUGUUUCCAACAACCACAGAGUCUCCAACAACUACAGAGUUUAUAACAACCACAGAGUCUACCUCAAAUACAGAGUCUCCAACAACUACAGAAUCUCCAACAACUACAGAAAUUACAACAAUUACAGAGUCACUAACAACUACAGAGUCUCCAACAACCAGAGAGUCUCCAACAACUACAGAUUCUCCAAAAACUUCAGAGCCUCCAACAACUACAGAAUCUCCAACAACUACAGUGUUCCCAACAACCACAGAGUCUCCAACAACUACAGAGUUUAUAACAACCACAAAGUCUUCAACAACUACAGAGAUUACAAUUACAGAGUCACAAGCAACUACAGAGUUUAUAACAACUACAGAUUUUACAAAAACUACAGAGUUCACAACAAAUAAAGAGUCUCCAACAACUACAGAGUUUCCAAUAACUAAAGACUCUUCAACAGCUACAGAGAUUACAACAAUUACAGAGUCAAUAACAACUAGAGAUUCUUCAUCAACCACAAAAUCUCCAACAACCACAGAUUUUCCAACAACUUCAGAGUCUCCGACAACUACAGAGUCUCCAGCAACUAUUGUGUCUCCAAAAACCACAGAGUCUCCAACAACUACAGAGUUUAUAACAACCACAUACUCUCCAACAACUACAAAGUUUCCAUUAACUACAGACUCUUCAACAACUACAGAGAUUACAGCAACUACAGAGUCUCCAACAACUACAGAAUCUCCGACAACUACAGAGUCUCCAAAAACCACAGAGUCUCCAACAACUUCAGAGUCUCCAACAACCAUAGAGUCACCAAAAACUACAGAGUCACCAAAAACUACAGAGUCACCAAAAACUACAGAGUCAGCAACAACUACAGAUUCUCCAACAACUUCAGAGUCUCCAACAACUUCAGAGUCGCCAACAACUACAGAGUCUCCAACAACCACAGAAUCUCCAACAACUACGGUGUUUCCAACAACCACAGAGUCUCCAACAACUACAGAGUUUAUAACAACCACAGAGUCUUCAAUAACUACAGAGAUUACAAUUACAGAGUCACAAACAACUACAGCUUCACAAGUUCCAACAACAGAAUAUACAACAACUUCACAGGCUGAAACAACCACAGUAGCUACAGCAACUGCACUUGCUGCAAACACCACAGAAGCUACAACAGCUUCACAGGCUGAAAAAAACACAGAAGCUAUAGCAACUUCACAGUCUCCAACUACCACAGAAACUACAACAACUUCACAGGCUUCAACAAUCACAGAAUCUCCAACAACCUUACAGUCUGAAACAACAACAGAAGCUACAACAACUUCACAGGCUCCAACAACCACAGAAGAUACAACAACUUUACAGGCUAUCACAACUUCACAGGCUGAAAAAACCACAGAACUUACAACAACUUCACAGGCUGCAACAACUACAGAACCUACAACAACCUCAAAGCUUCAGACUACCACAGAAUAUACAACAACUUCUCAGGCUACAAGAAACAUAGAAGCUACAAUAACUUCACAGGAUUCAACAACCACAGAAGCUGCAACAUCUUCUCAGGCAACAACAAUAGAAUCUUCAACAACUUUACUAGCUGAAACAAGCACAGAAGCUACCACAACUUCAGAGGAUGAAACAACCACAGAAGAUACAACUUCAGAGGCUGAAACAACCACAGUAGAUAGAUCAACUUCACAGGCUCCAACAACCACAGAAUAUGAAUCAACCAUGUCAAAGGUUGCAACAACAGAACUUACGACUACACAAGCUCCAAGUAGAACAAAGCCUUCAACAACAGAGACAAUGACAACCACAGAACCUACAACAUCCACCCAGGCUCUAACAACCACAGAACCUGCAACAACAGAACUAACAACAACCCCUGCAUCUACAACAACCACAGAGCAACCACCAACAUCAGAGCCUCUAAAAACAAAUAUGACUUUUAGACUACCUGACAUUAAAUUUAGCAAUGAUCUCACUAACAGCAGCUCCGAGGAAUUCCAGAAACUACGAAGAGAAAUAGAGCUAGCUAUCCAGAAUAUCCUACAGACAAAGUUUGAGAAUUUGAAUGUCUCUGUAAUCUCAUUCAGCCCUGGAUCGGUGAUCGUCAUCUUACAAAUCCUCUUUCCCGAUGGCACUGUGGUGACUAUUGCAGAUAUUCAAGCCUUGUUUGAUGAAGUGAGGAGGACUGGCAUGCUCGGAAACCUGACAGUGGAUGCUUUCAGCAUUGCAUUUAAUGGUACACAGUUAUUGAUGCCAACAAGCACUCAGUCCAUGACAACAACAGAGACAAUGGCAACCACAGAAGCUACAACAACUUCACAGGCUGAAACAACCACAGAACUUGCAACAUCUUCACAGGCUCCAACAACCACAGAAGAUACCACUUCAAAUGUUUUAACUACCACCAAAGCAACAACAAAUUCACAAUCUGAAACAACCACAGAAGCUACAUCAAUUUCACAGGCUUUAACAAUGACAGAAUCUACCACAAUCUUACAGUCUGAAACAACAACAGAAGCUACAACAUCUUCACAGGCUCCAACAACCACAGAAGGAACAACUUCACAGGCCCUAACAACCACAGAACCUACAUCAACUUCAAAGGCUGAACCAACCACAGAAUUUACAACUACUUCACAGGCUACAACAACAACAACAGAAUCUUCAACCACUUCACAGGCUGAAACAACAACAGAGGCUACAACAUCUUCACAGGCUCCAACAACCACAGAAGAAGGAACAACUUCACAGGCCCUAACAACCACAGAACCUACAUCAACUUCACAGGCUGAACCAACCACAGAAUUUACAACUACUUCACAGGCUACAACAACAACAGAAUCUUCAACCACUUCACAGGCUGAAACAACAACAGAGGCUACAACAUCUUCACAGGCUCCAACAACCACAGAAGGAGCAACUUCACAGGCUCUAACAACCACAGAGCCUACAUCAACUUCACAGGCUGAAACAACAACAAAAUCUGCAACAACUUCACAGGCUGAAACAACCACAGAAUUUACAACUACUUCACAGGCUACAACAACAACAGAAUCUUCAACCACUUCACAGGCUGAAACAACAACAGAGGCUACAACAUCUUCACAGGCUCCAACAACCACAGAAGGUGCAACAACUUCACAGGCCCUAACAACCACAGAACCUACAUCAACUUCACAGGAUCAACCAACCACAGAACUUACAACUACUACACAGACUACAACAACAACAGAACCUACAUCAACUUCACAGGCUGAAACAACCACAGAACCUACAACUGUUUCACAAGCUACAACAACAGAAUCUGCAACAACUUCACAGGCUGAAACAACCACAGAAUUUACAACUACUUCACAGGCUACAACAACAACAACAGAAUCUACAACCACUUCACAGGCUGAAACAACAACAGAGGCUACAACAUCUUCACAGGCUCAAACAACCACAGAAGGUGCAACAACGUCACAGGUCCUAACAACCACAGAACCUACAUUAACUUCACAGGCUGAACCAACCACAGAACUUACAACUACUUCACAGGCUACAACAACAACAGAACCUACAUCAACUUCACAGGCUGAAACAACCACAGAACCUGCAACAACAGAACCAACAACCCCUGCAUCUACAACAACCACAGAGCAACCACCAACAUCAGAGCCUCUAAAAACAAAUAUGACUUUUAGACUACCUGACAUGAAAUUUAGCAAUGAUCUCACUAACAGCAGCUCCGAGGAAUUCCAGAAACUACGAAGAGAAAUAGAGCUAGCUAUCCAGAAUAUCCUACAGACAAAGUUUGAGAAUUUGAAUGUCUCUGUAAUCUCAUUCAGCCCUGGAUCGGUGAUCGUCAUCUUACAAAUCCUCUUUCCCGAUGGCACUGUGGUGACUAUUGCAGAUAUUCAAGCCUUGUUUGAUGAAGUGAGGAGGACUGGCAUGCUCGGAAACCUGACAGUGGAUGCUUUCAGCAUAGUAUUUAAUGGUACACAGUUAUUGAUGCCAACAAGCACGCAGUCCAUGACAACAACAGAGACAAUGGCAACCACAGAACUUACAACAUCUUCACAGGCUGAAACAACCACAGAACUUACAACAUCUUCACAGGCUGAAACAACCACAGAAGGCUACAACAACAACAGAAUCUACAACAACGUCACAGGCUGA